AUGGGCAGACGGAUCGCUAUUAUCGGGGCAGGACCCAGUGGUCUUGCUGUUGCCAAAGCUCUUGCUCUAGAACCAAAAGUAUCUAAACUUUUUUCAGCCAUCGAUGUCUAUGAGCGCCAUCCCAAAGCUGGUGGUCUUUGGUAUUACACUGGAUUGAAAAAUCACGUGACUCCAAUUGUACCUUCCCCGAACAACGAUGAAUCCGGCGAGAUUGCCAGUUCAGAUGCCAAGACUUCCGAACAGAGGUUUGUUUCUCCGAUGUAUGAUCAUUUAGAGACCAACAUCCCUAAAGAGAUGAUGAAAUUUCAUGGAAUUCCCUUUCCGGAUGAUUGUGAGACCUUUCCGACCCGUUCCGAGGUGGUUCAAUAUCUUGAGAACUACACCAAAACUAUUCCUCAGAGUGUCAACUUCACGUUCAAUACCAAUGUCACCUCCCUUACCAAGAAAACCGACCCUGAUCAAUGGGAGUUGAUCUACCAGGACGUGUUUAAAGACGAUGAGUCUAGAACUAAAUUAUAUGACGACGUGAUUCUCGCCCAAGGUCAUUUCGACUACCCUUUUAUUCCAGAAGUGGAAGGCUUGAAGGAUUGGGCUACUAAGGACAAGAACUCAAUCACUCAUGCCAAAUAUUUCAAUAACGUUGAGGCUUACAGAGGGAAGAAUGUUUUGAUUAUUGGCAACUCUGCAUCUGGAAUUGAUAUAGCUACUCAAUGCAUCACUUCUGCCAAGAGCGUUACCAUGUCAUCAUGUUCAGAAUCUCCUUUCAAAGAUGUGAUCAUCUCGCAUGUGGCACAGAUAGGUAAGAUAUCUCGGUAUGACUUCGAUCAUGAUAGAAGUGUCAUCUCCGAAGACGGUACCAAACUAUCUGGUAUCGAUACCGUAAUCUUCUGUACCGGUUAUCUUUACAAGAUUCCUUUCUUGAAGAGCUAUCAGGUGGAUUCAUGCGAUAAGUCAUUACUUAGUGAUGGCUCUCAGUUAUUGAAUCUAUACAAGCAGAUUUUCUACAUUCCAGAUCCAUCCUUGGCACUUAUGGCAGUUCCUCAGUUGGUAAUUCCAUUCCCAUUUGCCGAAUGCCAGGCUCAAUAUGUGGCCCGUGUACUUUCUAGAAGAGUUAGUCUUCCAUCAGAAACGGAAAUGAACAAGUCCUAUCAAUCCGAGCUCAAGGAAAAAGGACCCGGUAGAUCCUUCCAUGCCAUGAAAGGCAUCAGUGACGCCGAGUAUUGCAAUCAGUUAUUCGACCUUAUUUCUGGUACGGAGAAAGACGGCUUUGUGGCCGAAUACUGGGACGAUGCUAGAAAGGGGUUGCGCUCUUCUUGUGGAUCGCUCAAAGGUGAACGGUUAAAGUUAAUCGUCCGUCAUGCUGACAACUUGAAGAAGGAGGGAAAGCCUUUCCGAUUGUUGAGAGGAGAGUUUAACCCCACCGAUUAA